AUGUCGCCGCUGGCUGGCGACGACGGCGGAGUCUGUUGCGGCGGCUGCGUGGGAGAUGAGGUCGCGGAGACGCUCAUCUCGGCGAUGCGCGCGGCCGCCGCCAAUGGCAAAAGAAUAAAAAGAAGUGUGUCGUUGUGCGCAUGCUUAAUGCUCCCUGUGAACUCUCAUCAGACCACUGUGCAGAGGCGGCGGGGGCGGCGAGGGCUGGGGUGCGUCCGAAUGUCUUACACGCCGCUUGGUGUGGAAAUACGACGCAGGGCGGCGCUGCGCGGCGCGGCGCGGGGUGCCACGCGACGCAUCUCGGCGGGGGCGGAAUGCGACGCCGGCAACUAUUCUAAGCGGCCGCGCGCGGCGCUGCUCUCGCCGCCUCCUCCUCCUCGUUCGCCGGCAACUUCACCUCCUCCGCCGCCCCUCCGGCUCUGUUCCUGCCAUCUCGCUGGCGUUGGAGGGGUCGAGGGCUUGGGCUGUGGGGGUUGCAAACAAGCGACGAACAUCACCUUCCGCGGACACCCGGCAGGCCGUGACGUCAGCGGCAGAAGGGAAGCGACGAGGGAAUCAUCUUCACAAAGUUUGUUUACUUUCCGGGCGCCCGCGCCAAAAAGUGAGCGAGGAGGGUGUUUUGAGCGCAAGAGGGCUCCAGGAAAUGCACUUUUCCCCUUCAUUAAGAAAUCUCGGGCCGGCACGGCGGCGGGGCGGCGCGAGGCGGUGAUUGGUAUCGUUCGUGCCGUCGCUUGUGAUGCCAUUAAAGAAAAUUCAACUGCUCGUGAAUGGACACCUGCAAAUUUUAAUGAAGUAUUCUAACUCAAUAAAGGAAGAACCUCACAGAGUUUACAGAAUUUUUAUGCGUGAUUAUUUAAUUUUAU